AGGGAAAGCAAGAAAUCCUGUCGCACCUGACGUAACUAUCCCUACCGACAUCCGAGCCUGCAUAGACGAUCCGUCUGGCGAAUCUUUUUCUCCUUUGCGGCAAGUACAGCACAGCACACGCAUACGCACACAGACACACAAAGCGCUCUCGCCUGCGCGUUUUUUUUUUCCUUCAUAAAAAAGAAAUCCCCGCACCCCUCGUCGCCCCGGUCCGAUUCGUUUAAUAGGUUGAUUGCCGGUUUCAGCAAACGCCGCCCGUCGACGCUCGCCUCAACUACACCUCCAACUGCGAAGGACUUACAAACCGCGCGCUGCAGUGCCCUGUCCGCUAUUACGUUAGCGCGCCCGCCUGCCCACUGGGAAAUCAGCGCACCUCGUGUCCCACCCCCGCCAUCCUCGAACUCCCGCAGGCAGGCCCCCAGCAGUGGACCUGUGUGAUUCCAUUGGAUCGGACCGCCUGCCAGGAAACAGCGCAUCGAAAGACCGCCGCGACACGCAUUGCAGCGUGCAGCAGCGCAGCGCCGUGCACUACCCGACCUAAAAAGGUCCCAGCCUGUCGUGCAGUGCAGUAAAGGUGCAGUGCAGUGCGGCGCAACGCCCAGCUCCCGGCAUCCCGUCUGACACCUCAGUCGAGACGCUCGACAAAGCAUAUCCCAUCCAUACCAGCAGCACCCACCUUAGUCCGCUACCCGCGCCACUACUCGUACGAGCGCCGGCACCUAGCGCGGAUAGAAACGCGCCCUCACCUGACCCCCCCGACCAGAACCCAGGUCGUCCCCCGGCACCGGGCGGCUACGGCCUCCGUACCUAACGGUCUCUCCACUGCAGGCUCACCCCUCGGCAGCCGUGCAGAGACAGCUCAGACACACACGCCUGCCCGCAGCGAGCCAGUAACGAAUUGGUUAUUACUCCAGACUGCCCCGCCCCCCGCCAGCCCACCAUGGCUCCGUCUUCGUCCUCGUCCUCAACUUCUGCGUCAUCCUCCCUCCAGCGCCUCAACAACAUCGCAAACCACAUCUCGCCCAGCAUGGCUUCCGCGACGAGCUUCCCCGCCGACACCGUCCCCCAGGCCCCCGAGGAUGCCCUCUUUGGCCUCGCCAGGGCCUACAAGGCCGACACGAACCCCCAAAAGGUCGACCUGGGCAUCGGAGCGUACCGCGACAACAAUGGAAAGCCAUGGGUUCUGCCCGUCGUCAAGAAGGCCGACGACAUUCUCCGAAGCAACCCCGAACUGAACCACGAAUAUGCUCCGAUCGCCGGCUUCCCCGAGUUCACCUCCAAGGCCGCCGAGCUGAUACUCGGCGCUGACUCGCCCGCCCUGCGCGAGAAGCGCGCUACGUCGAUGCAGACCAUCUCGGGCACGGGAGCCGUGCACCUCGGCGCCCUCUUCCUCGCCAAGUUCUACAAGGGCAACCGCGUCGUCUACCUGUCCAAUCCCACCUGGGCUAACCACAAGCAAAUCUUUGGCAAUGUCGGCCUCCAGACGGCUGACUACCCCUACUUCUCCAAGAAGUCCAACGGCCUCGACUUUGACGGCAUGAAGGCCGCCAUCCAAGGCGCCCCGGACCGCUCCAUCAUCCUACUGCACCCCUGCGCCCACAACCCCACGGGCGUCGACCCGACCUUGGACCAGUGGAAGGAACUUGCCGCCAUCAUGGCCCAGAAGAAGCACUUCCCCUUCUUCGACUGCGCCUACCAGGGCUUCGCCUCGGGCGACCUCGCCCGCGACGCCGCUGCCCUACGCUACUUCAUUGACCAGGGCUUCGAGCUCGUCGUCUGCCAGAGCUUCGCCAAGAACUUUGGCCUCUACGGCGAGCGCGCUGGCUGCUUCCACGUCGUCACCAGCCCUGCCUCUGACGCCUCGGCCACCAUCGGCAGGAUCGCUUCGCAGCUCGCCAUCCUGCAGCGCUCCGAGAUCUCCAACCCCCCGCUCUACGGCGCCCGCAUCGCCAGCACCGUCCUCAGCGACCCCGCGCUUUUCACCGAGUGGGAGGACAACCUGCGCACCAUGUCGGGCCGCAUCAUCACCAUGCGCAAGGAGCUGCGCUCGAGGCUCGAGGCCCUCGGCACCCCGGGCACCUGGAACCACAUCACCGACCAGAUCGGCAUGUUCAGCUUCACGGGCCUGUCGGAGACGCAGGUCCAGAAGCUGCGCGACGAGUACCACAUCUACAUGACCAAGAAUGGACGCAUCAGCAUGGCCGGCCUCAACACCAACAACAUUGACCACGUGGCCAAUGCCAUUCGCAAAGUCGUCGGCGAGACUCAGUAAGCGAGCAUUAUGAGAAAAAGAAGGGGGGAGCCCCUUCCCGGCGAGGUGGUCAACUUUUCAGUCCUCUCUGUCUUGUGGCUCACAGCAUAAUGGCGUCUCUUUUGUAACUCUACAUCUUCUUUGUUUUGUUUUUUCAUGAGGGCGGGCCCAAGAGCUGGACACACACCCAGAUAUCUGCAGAGGACUGCUUGAUGAAUAAAACACGCCCAUGAGGGGCGCCGACGGCGUCGACUGUCAUGUGCUAUUUUUCGUCUCUUCUCGAGACUGCGAAUGUAUAAAGUACACAGACCCGCCAUGCAUACAUGUGUCUGUCCCAAUAAGAAUAUAUACACAUUGACUCAGGGGCCAUUGUCUCUCAUGCAUGGCACCCCCUGAAUUGA